GCUUUACUCAGAUGUCUGGUUGUAAAUUACUAAGGCAAGAGCACGCUUGAUUGGCUUGUUCUAGCCGCUGGUUAACUAUGUUUUCGCAGCUGCAGUGGCUGCGUGAGUCCUGCAUGGCAUUGUGGGCCAUUGCAUUCUUACAACACUCCAAGCUCUUGAGUCUUCGCCGGCUUUUGCGAGCGUUUACCUGAUGGUGCUACGAAUCAUCUCGCCUCAUUAUCUCACGAUGAUGGAGAACAUCGAUAGGUUGAUGCAUGCUAGCUGGUUCGCACAGUCAGGCCCAGUUACUGAGCGCGCGCCUUUCGACGACGCAACGAUCAGGGACAUCGCCACUGUACUUCGGAAUGAACCCCACGAGUCGUGGGGUCGGGUUCCAAGCAUCUUUAUUGUAUUGCGUACGAUCAAUCAGCCUCAUCUUGUCCAGUCUUUUCUCGACGAAGAGUUGACGAACCUUUGGUUCCCCUGCACCUUGCCGUUUUGCCUGACAGACCAAACCACCAGGGAUGCCUUCUUGACCGCACAACGUCUUGUGCUUACAAAAGCCCUGGACCUGGAGAGAGAAAACGGCAAACAUCGACAUUUCCAGAACCCAGGGAUCUUCCAUUCGUACAACUUUCAGAGUUGGGAAGAGGCGGAUUUGGAGCUGUUCACAAGGUACAAAGCAACAUCAGCUACAAAGAAAAUGCAAGAAAAUGCCUUAUCAGAGGCCUCACUUUCCGCAAAGACAGGAAAGUUUUGGAAGAGUUCGAGAAUGAACUCAUUACUAUGAAGCGGUUGUCGCAUAGACACAUUGUCAAGUUCAUUGGUAGUUACACAGAUCCAACGUGAGUCUACCGAAGACUAUGUGAGA